ACAAAAGCGUGAGCCGCCCCUCGACUCUGCAUCGACUUCACCGAGCGAGGAAGCGGCAGCGGCAGCAGGAGGAGGAGGGGCUCAGGUGAACUCACCAACUACGUAGCAGGCGACACAACGCUCGGCAGAGACACACCGGGUUUUUGUCUGCAGUGGAAAAGGUGGCAACUCUAUCGCUCCUGACGAAUGACGCCGCUUCCGGUGCCACUGGCGAUGCGCACGACGCUGACGACGACGAUGCUGCUGCUGCUGCUGCUGUCAAAUCUCCCCGCCUCGCUGGCGGCCGAGGACGGCAACCCAGCGCAGUUCGGAAAGUUCCAGGACGGAGUCUACGACCGCCACCCGGCGUUGUUCUUCAGCGCGCGGGACGUGGCCGGGCUGCGGGCCUCGGCGGGCGCGUCGAGCCACGCGCACAUCGCGAGCCGCCUGCGGGAGGCGGCGCUCACCAUGAUGGAGCGGAGAGACGACCACCUCCCGCCCUGGGAUCCGCUCGAGUUCGGCGCCAUCUGGAACGAGAUCUACGGCAACAACCUUGCAGCCGUGGCCUUCUACAGCUUCCUGUACCCGGAGGACGCCGGAGCCAGAGACUUCACCAUCGAGUACAUGGACAGAAUGGCCGCGCAGCCCAAUUGGCUCGUCACGCUGUACCCCAAAGACGAGGUGCCGAUCGGACACUCGCUCGCUGGGUUUGCCACGGCAUACGACCUGAUGUAUGAACAUUUGGACUCCACGCGGAGAAGCAAAUACUUGGUGGCUCUCGUCAAUUCCACAGAGUACAUGUACAGAAUGUCCUUCAUACGUGGAUGGGGAUUCCAAUAUCUGCAGAACCACCAGCCGACCAACGCCGUGGCCUUACUCAUGGGGGGCCUUGUCAUCAUGAAUGAUGGGUACCACAGGGAAGUGGCGGUGUGGGUUAAACAGGCCAUGUCCAUCAUGGGGAAGUCGAUGUUCAUCACCAACGAGGUGACAGAUGGGUCACUAAACGAAGGCGUUGCUUACGGCUCGUACCUGUCCCGAUCGCUCCUCAAGUACAUCUUCUUCGCCAAGCGGCACUUCAACAUCAGCCACGAGGACAACAUUUGGGUCAAGAAGCACUUUGACUUCUACUACAGGAGCCUCCAGCCAGGGUUCCAAAGGACCGUGGGCAUUUCGGACUCGAAUUACAACUGGUACUAUGGCCCCGAGGCUCACCUGGUCUUCCUCGACACCUACGUCCUGCGCGACGGCAGCGGGAAUUGGCUGGCGAGCAUGAUCAACACGUUCCGCCCCAAGAACGGCACGGGCGCUUCCUUCCGCGCUCACCGUUGGUGCACAUUGCACCUGGAGUACAUUUGGUACGACGCCACCCUGACGCCCACGCCGCCGCCGGACUACGGCACCCCGGCGCUGCACCACUUUGAGAGCUGGGGAGUCGUCACCUACGGGAGUCCUCAGCCAGCCAGGGUCAACGCCACCUUCGUCGGCUUCAAAUCCGGCAAGAUUGGUGGCGCAGCCGUCAAUGACAUCGUCCGCGAAAAGCGCUACCCAGAGUGGGUGAACGGCUGGAGAAACUUCAACCCCGGGCACGAGCACCCCGAUCAGAACACCUUCAUUUUCGCGCCCAACGGCGUGCCGUUCAUCGUGGAGGGCCUCUACGGCCCCAAGUUCACGUGGCACAGCAACGUGCCGAUGUUCAGCACGAACCCGCUGCCGGCCAGGCAGCUCUGCAAGCCGCCCUGGGUCGGGCAGAUGGUGGAGGUGUGCGACUGGAAUUGGGUGACGUGCGAGAAGUCGUCCGUGUGCAACUUUAACGGCCGCGUGCUGGCCGCCGCGGAGCAGAACGGGACGGUGUUCAUCCGCGGAGACUCGGCGGACGCUUACGAGGCGGGGCUGGGGUUGAGCAGCCUCGUGCGCGACGUCGUGCUGCUGAACCCGCAGCUGGCGCUGGUCGUCGACCACGUCCGACUCGACGCGGGCAGCGCGGUGAGUGGGGCGGCGUCGUUCUUCCACAACCUCGACUGGAGCUUUGAGCAGGAGGAGAAGGGGAUUCUGCACGGGGCGAAGAUCCCGAGGCCCGACGGAGACUACUCGCUCUACUGGACGGACGAUCAGAAUCGAAGCCCACGGGCCCUGCUGGUGGACGAACCAUACCCGCCGGGGUUCCAGAUCAAGGGCACCCACUUCGUCCAGAUCGAGUUCGGCGUCCGCAAGCCGCUCACCCGCCUGGCCUAUGUCUUCCUGGGGCCGGCCAUGGCUCUCGAAAGCCUGGUGAUGGUGCCCAGGGAGGAGAGCGUGGACGUGGUGGUGCAGGUGAACGGUCAGACCUACACGGUGUUGCUCAACUCGCAGCUGCUGGUGGAGAGCGCCAACGCCUCCUACUGCGAGGUGACCCACAGCUCGGGGGAUGCGAAGAAGACGUUCCGGGCGACGGGCAGCGCCACUGCGGGGAAUGCGUCCUCCCCCGGCUACAAGGGCGACCACGUGCAGAGACUCGCAGAGAGCCUUCAGCUCCUGGACGUGGUCUUCGACAAGAUCGCUGAAGAUGUGGACGAGUGUGCCAACAGCAUGCAGGGCUGUGAGCAGCUGUGCGUGAACACCAUUGGGAGCUUCCACUGUGCCUGCAGACCGGGAUUUCACCUCGACGCCAACAGCACUGCUUGCCUAGUAUCACCGACAACGCGAGCCCCAGUGACGGCUGUGACAUGGACAGCCGCCACGGACAGACAGACCACAGCCAAAGGGUCUGGCGCCCGCACGAGGCGACUCCCGGACCCCGUGAUCCUCGUGCUCCUCACGGCGGUGGUGGCGGCGGCGGCUGCGAGAUCGCUGUAGCUCAGGGGAGCUGCGAUGGUGGUGAUGGCGUGGGUCGGUGAUGAGAGCGGUGGUGGUUUAUGAAUUGAUUUUGAUUCAUGACUGGGGAUGAUGAUGAUGAUGACGAUGAUGAUGUGGAUCCGGUGAGGAUAAUAAUGAUGAAG